AUGUUUCCGAAUGUUCCCGAAUGGUCCCGAGAGAGCCCCGAGAGAGCCCGAUUGAUCCCGAGAGUACUCGAAUUUUCCCGAGUGAGCCCCGAAGAAAGACCCCUAGUGAGCCCCAAGAGAGCCCGAAGAGACCCCGAGUGGAGCCCCAAGAGAGCCCGAGUGACCCCGAGUAAGCCCGAGAGAGCCCGAAUAUUCCCGAAUGAUCCCGAGAAAACCCGAGUGAGCCCGAGAGAACCCGAAUGUUUCCGAAUAUACCCGAGUGAGUCCAAAAAGAGCCCCGAGAGACCCGAAUAUUCCCGAAUUAUAGGCCGAGAAAGCCCGAGUGAACCCGAGAGAGAACACCGAAUAUUCCCGAAAUGUUCCCGAAUAUACCCGACAGAGCCCCGAGAGAGCGCAGGAAUAAGGGAAUGA